UUAGCGCUGGGAGUGUGAAACCGCGUGUGAAAGUACCCAGUGUGUAGGUGUAGGACAGGGAGUUGCAUUGUAAUUGCUAUUAUAGAGAUUAUUAUUAUCAAUACUCCUGCUUUUUUUGUUACAGAACAUUUUCUGAACCAGGUACCUUCUCGGACCUCUAUUUCCGUUUACUUGUUGUAUUAUUGACCGUUAUUAAUGCUCGAAAACAACUUCGAUCCGAUCGUUAAUUGGCGACACUUUUGUCGCGAUGAACUUUGGAGGAUUUUCGCUUGCAGAUUCCCUUUUUUGACGUUGCGGUCGGACUUUCGGUGAAAACGUCUGUGCUGUUGUUCGUGUUUUACUUUCAUUUCGAUCCAUUUGGAUAUCAUUCCCGUGGAGACUGCAUCGUUGCGCUCGAAGGAGUGAAGAUAUUUCUGCACGGGGCGGGGACUUAUUUUUCUUCACCUGUUUUUUUCCCUGAUGGUUCUUGUUGUGAUUUUAUACGUUGAUUUUCUGUUCCUCUGCUGGAGUACCUUAAGAGAUCAAGGAACAGGCUCACGCCCGAACUCAAGUUAGUUGAUUUAAGAGCCGCGGCGACUGGAGCUCUUGUUUUGCUCUGUGGAGUAGACACCGACUGGACGGGGGGUCGAGGAUUGGUGUUCUUGUAAGGGCCCCAUUUUCAUCGGGGACGAUCCAGGAUGACUCUGUCAUAAUUCAUAAUUUCUCGGGAGAGCUUCUUGGUUUUUUAUUUUCAGAAACAGGUUCAAAUAUAAACAACCGAGACCAGCCGAUUCUCGGCCGAAGCAAGAGAGAGCGAGCCAUGUUUCCGCAAAGCCGCCACCCGGCUCCGCACCAGGGUCCUGGGCAGCCGUUUAAAUUCACAAUUCCCGAGUCCUUGGAUCGGAUAAAAGAAGAAUUUCAGUUUCUGCAGGCCCAGUAUCACAGUCUGAAGCUGGAGUGUGAGAAGCUGGCGGGGGAGAAGACUGAGAUGCAGCGCCACUAUGUGAUGUAUUAUGAAAUGUCCUAUGGGCUCAACAUCGAGAUGCACAAACAGACUGAGAUCGCGAAGCGGCUGAACACCAUCUGUGCCCAGGUCAUCCCGUUCCUGUCACAGGAACACCAGCAGCAGGUAGCUCAGGCAGUGGAGAGGGCCAAACAGGUGACCAUGGCCGAGCUGAAUGCCAUCAUCGGGCAGCAGCACCUGUCUCACGGCCACGCCCCCCCUGUCCCCAUGACCCCCCACCCUGCGGGUUUGCCGCCCCCCGGCCUGCCUCACCUGGGGGGCAGCGCCAGCCUAUUGGCUCUCUCCAGUGCCCUGGGGGGGCCGCCUCACCUGUCCGUCAAAGACGACAAGAAGAGCGCCCAUGAGUCGGACCACCACAGAGACAGAGAGCCAAGCACGAGUAACUCCCUGCUGAUCCCGGAGGGCCUGCGAGGCUCGGACAAGCGACGGAACGGCCCGGAAUUCUCCAGCGACACCAAGAAGCGGAAAGUGGAGGACAAGGACUCCAGCCACUAUGACAGCGAUGGAGAAAAAAGUGACGACAACCUCGUUGUGGAUGUUUCCAAUGAGGACCCCUCCUCACCUCGUGCCACGCCCAUCCCCUCACCCAGAGAGAAUGGUCUGGAUAAGACACGCCUCCUGAAGAAGGACACCUCCAGUAGCCCCGCCUCCACCGCCUCCUCUGCUAGCUCCUCCUCCCUCAAGUCCAAAGAGUUGAGCAUGCAUGAGAAGUCCAGCACCCCCACCCCCCGGGGGGACGCGACCCCGGGCCCCAGCGCCACGCCUGGCCUGCGCCCCAGCCUCGCGAAACCCCCCUCCAUGGAGCUGCCACACCCCCCCAGCUUGCGGACCCCGCUGGCAGUGCCAGGCCCGUACCCCGGCCCGUUUGGCAUGGUGCCCCACGCGGGUAUGAACGGGGAUCUGACCAGCCCGGGCGCCUACGCCAGCCUGCACAACAUCUCCCCUCAGAUGAGCGCCGCCGUGGCGGCAUACGGACGCUCGCCCAUGGUCGGCUUUGAUCCGCACCCCCACAUGCGUGUACCUGGAAUGCCUCCCAACCUGCCCGGGAUCCCUGGAGGCAAGCCGGCGUACUCCUUCCACGUGAGCGCGGACGGGCAGAUGCAGCCGGUGCCCUUCCCUCCGGACGCUCUGAUUGGCCCGGGCAUCCCGCGCCACGCCCGGCAGAUCAACACGCUGAGCCACGGGGAGGUGGUGUGCGCCGUCACCAUCAGCAACCCCACCCGCCACGUCUACACCGGCGGCAAGGGCUGCGUGAAGGUGUGGGACAUCAGUCACCCCGGCAACAAGAGCCCCGUGUCCCAGCUCGACUGCCUGAACAGGGAUAACUACAUCCGGUCCUGCAAGCUCCUCCCGGACGGCUGCACCCUGAUCGUGGGGGGGGAGGCCAGCACGCUGUCCAUCUGGGACCUGGCGGCCCCCACCCCCCGCAUCAAGGCGGAGCUCACCUCCUCCGCCCCCGCCUGCUACGCCCUCGCCAUCAGCCCCGACUCCAAGGUCUGCUUCUCCUGCUGCAGCGACGGCAACAUCGCCGUCUGGGACCUGCACAACCAGACCCUGGUCAGGCAGUUCCAGGGUCACACAGAUGGGGCCAGCUGUAUUGAUAUUUCUAAUGACGGCACUAAGCUGUGGACGGGAGGUCUGGACAACACUGUGAGGUCCUGGGACCUGCGGGAGGGUCGCCAGCUCCAACAGCACGACUUCACCUCACAGAUCUUCUCUCUGGGGUACUGUCCCACCGGCGAGUGGCUGGCCGUGGGGAUGGAGAGCAGCAACGUGGAAGUUCUGCACGUCACCAAACCCGACAAGUACCAGCUCCACCUGCACGAGAGCUGUGUGCUCUCCCUGCAGUUCGCCUACUGCGGUAAAUGGUUUGUGAGCACUGGAAAAGACAACCUACUGAAUGCCUGGAGAACACCUUAUGGAGCCAGUAUAUUCCAGUCGAAGGAGUCUUCCUCGGUCCUGAGCUGCGACAUCUCUGUGGAUGACAAAUACAUCGUCACCGGCUCGGGGGACAAGAAGGCCACCGUGUACGAGGUCAUCUACUGAAUACCAAAGUCUUUUUCUUUUUAUCGAAUCUAUUUUUUUACGAACCUAAACUGAACUGAAUUCAGGAACCACGCCGAAUUCCACCUGUCAGCUCCAGUGACCGAGCCGUCCAAUCCCGAUCCAGAUUCCAGGUGGCCUGGGGGUGCGGUGGGGGGGGGGGGGGCGGAGCCUCUGCAGGGCGAGGUGGAUUGACAGGUAGCUGCACAGGUGGCAGAAUAUUCGGUGGAUUGCGAAGUGGAUUUCACUUUUUUUAUUUUUAUUUACCGGACGAAGAAUGUGUGGCGUCUCAGUGACCUCAGCCCUUCCUGCUGUCACAUUCUGCAACCUUCGACCCCUGACCUCUUACCUCUAGUGAUGUCCUAUCCACUUCUCUAUGCUUAUGCCACCUUGAUAUCCUUUUUUUUUGAUGGUCAAGCUAAUGUAUAAAUUGUAUAUAUUUGGUUAUUACAGUAAAUUCUUUUAGUAACGACAAUGUUUGGUAUGUCUUUUUAAAAAUAACAUAGCAAGGAUAACACUUGGUCUAAAUACUGUCUAAUAUAAUAUGAUGGAUUCGUCUACACAAUAAAUGUUUUUUCUAACAA